UAGCCAAAGCUACUUGAAUGGUCGGAAACGACACGUGUCCCAAUAUCAGAGGCCAUUCUCCAAGAAAUAGUAACCUACUAUUUUUCAACUCAUUCACAUAUCUAUCUCCUCAUUUCAUGGUCUGAAACUUGACAAAACACACAGAAAGAAACAGUCAGAUCUGAAAUAAAGAAACAAACAGGAUGAGCAACAUAAUCCCAUCGGAGAAACGUUCGAUCAUCACCUUCGUUUUACUCGCCGGUCUUAUCGGAAGCGCUCUACUCUUCACAGCCUUCAUACGAUCAGCCGACGACGCGUUCUUCCUCUGCUCCACCGCAAGCGCAAAAAGCCGAGCGGUGACCGCAGCAGCUGAUUACUCAGCGACACCGAUCCAGCUCCAAGCCAUCGUCCACUACGCGACCUCCACCAUAACCCCACAACAAAACAUCCACGAGAUCUCGAUCUCUUUCAACGUCUUGAAAGAGCUAGCUCCGGCCAACUUCCUCGUCUUCGGUCUGGGCCUCGACUCACUCAUGUGGGCUUCUCUUAACCCACGCGGCAAAACCAUAUUCCUCGAAGAAGAUCUCGAGUGGUUCCAGAAAGUAACCAAAGACUCUCCCUUCCUCCAUGCCCACCACGUGCGUUACAGAACGCAGCUACAAGAAGCCGACAAGCUUCUGCGUUCUUACAAAACAGAACCGAGCUGUUUCCCGGCGAAGGCGUAUCUCCGAGGAAACGAACGUUGCAAGCUCGCUCUCACGGGGCUUCCUGAUGAGUUCUACGACACAGAGUGGGAUCUGAUCAUGCUCGACGCUCCUAAAGGGUACUUCGCCGAAGCUCCGGGAAGAAUGGCGGCGAUUUACUCGGCGGCGGUUAUGGCUAGGAACCGGAAGAAGCCUGGAGUCACUCACGUGUUCUUGCACGACGUUAACCGGAGAGUUGAGAAGACUUUCGCGGAGGAGUUCUUAUGCGCGAAAUACAGAGUUCAUGCCGCGGGGAGGUUAUGGCAUUUCGCGAUUCCGCCGGUGGCUGCGAACGCUACGAUCGACGGUGGAGAUUACAGGUUUUGUUAAGAUUGUUGUGACACGUCACACGGCUUUUGUUAUUUCCACUUUUGCCCUUUUUACUAUCGGAUCUUAUUACAUAGGGUUCACUUAUUAUCUGAUUUAGUGCCCACGGUUUUGGAUCUCAUCUCGUGUUUUUGGAUCUACUACAUCUCUCGGUACUGUUACUUACGUGGACUUUCCGUAUUGCAUAGGUCAUUUUUACGUCA